AUGGACCCACAUAUAGACGACGAACUCAAAGAAUACUUAAGACUCAUAGACGCUACAGUAAAGUCUGCUUCUACUAACCAUAUUUCACCUGAAAAGGGGGCUUUUGUUUAAUUUCCUCAUCAAUUUAAGACUAAUGAGCUAUUUUAAAAUGGCAUUAAAUUGAUAAGUAAUUGCGAUGAGAAAGAAUAAAAAAGCAGUCAUUAUCCAAAAAGAAAAAAGCCUGAAAUACUCGAUGAUAGCAUUGAUUGGAAUAUUGGUUCACAAUAGACUACAUUGGAGUCACCUAAAUCUUAAGAUGAUAUUAAAGAUCUUUGUUUAGGAAUUCAAAGUUUACAGUGUGGAGGUAGUGUCUAAUGUGCAUAAAGCUAGCAAAGUCAACACUUUAGCUCGUUGAAUUGCAUCACAGCAUCCUCUUAAUUCUUUUAAAAGCUCUAACGCUUUUUCCCUGAAUAGCAGCCAAACGAUUAACUCAAUUUAAGUUGCCUUUGUAGUCUUGAUUCUUCUUCUAAGCCUUCAAGGAAUAUGGUUGUCUAGCUCAGCUAAUAAGAUGAUAUAGAAUAAUUCCUUGCCUUCGUUAGAUCUUAUGGAGAUAUACAAAACAUAGAUCGCCAUAAAUACCAGCUUGAAAAAAUAAUAGUAUUAAGCUUCUACAACAUUCAGUCCUCCCUGUCAGCUUUUCAGUCUAUAUCUUAAUCGCAUUCUAAUAAAAUGAAAGUUUCAUAUUUAAGUGAUUUUAAUGAUUUUGAUUAUAUAGAUUACAUGCUCAUUUCUAAUGCUAAUAGCUUUAAUUAAAAAUUGGUUCUUGAUUACCUUGGAUGCUUUGGUAAAAUUCUUGAAUACUCAAGUAUAAACAGCAAACUUGUUGUAAGAUAUUUUGAUGUGAGAUCAUUAAAAGAGGUUGAUAGGAUAAUUAAGCUAUAAGAGAAAGAUAAAAAGUCCUUUAUUUACUUGCAUAGAACUCAUUUCCCUGAGGUAGAAGAAAAGUUUAUUUUAGAGCUACUUAAGAAUAUUUUAAUAUUUUCAAAAGAAAACACUACUGACAUUAUUUUGAAAAAUGCAAGGGUAAAAUCAGUUAAGCAAAGUGCUUCUUAAGUUCAAUAACAUUAAUAAUAACAGUCUAAUCAACAAAUAGUGAAAUAACACGAAGUAGUUAUAUAAUAGUUAGGAUUGCUUCCUACCUCGCCUAAUAGCACUUCGUCUCCAGCACUUCCUAAUGCAUUAGAAAUAGGAUAUAAUCAAAGAUUAAAUUCUCUAUCUUUUUUCAGCUCUAAUAAUACACAUCCUAUCUAGCAAUAAAAUAUGAAUAAUGUUUUCAACAGUUUCUUUAAUUUUGAAGAAAACACAAAUAAUUAGUUCCCAGUAAUAUAAUCUAGCAAGUAAGAUAACAUUUAUUAGCACACUUACUCAAACUAGAAUGUACUAGGAAUGACCUAAAAUUUAAAUCAACAGCCUUAGUUGUAUGGAUAUCAAUAAAGAAGAGAACUUCAAGAAAUAAGCGAUUACUAAAACACAUUUUAACAAUCAAUUUCUUAAAGCAAUAAACAAAAUUAAUAUUUAUCUUCAAAUUCAUCGAAUUCUCUAAGCAGCUAAAUUGAUAACUAGUCUUUCGCUAAUAAUGAAAAUGAAAAUAUUCAUAUCAAUAAAUAAUUACAACAAAAAAAAUAAAAAAAGAUGAACCCUAAUGUAAAUAACUUUAGUUCCCUUAAUUAUAAUAGCAACGGAAGCAAUCAUAAUAAUAAUAACAAUAGCACCAACAGUAACAGCUCAUCUCUUAAACUUCUUUAAAGCAGCUAUUCAGUAAAUGCAAAUUGCUAACCUUAAAUAAAAUAAAACAAUUGUUAACUGAAUGUGAAUUCCUUAUAAUAACCUAUUUGCAAUUUGUAAAUGAGCUAAGAAAUAGGUUCUUCUCAACAAUAGAUUCAAUACUUGCAGCAAAUUUCACAAUCUUCUUCAUCUUCUCUUUCUUCUACAAACUUCCCUCAAUACAGUUAGGGACACUUCAAUACUAACUUCAAUUAAAUGAGAAAAAGCUAAGAUGAAAAUCCCUUUUCAGCUUCCUCUUUGAGAAUGAGUUUUGACAAUAACCAAAUCUAUCAAAUAAAUAACAGCUUUUACCAAAAUAACAACACUAACAAUACCUCAUAAACUAAUAUAAGUAAUAUUAGUAAUACUUAAAACUUAAAUAACUAAAUGCUCAACAGCUAAAAUAAUUCAGUGGCUAAUUCAAUGCAAGUCCGCUUAUAAAAUAACUAGCAAGCAUAAUUUAUGAAUUUAUUGAAUAACAAUAGCUAAUUUUUAAAUGAAAUGUGUUUCAACAACCCUCAAAAUCCAAGUAUCAUUGAGCAAUACGAAGCCACGUAAAUUCAAAAUAAUUUAAGCAACUCUUCUAGCAAUAGACAAUACGCAAACACAAUUAACCUACAGAAUAACUAUCAAACAUCUCAGACUUCAAACAAGGUGAGCACAAUACUUGGAAGCAAUGGAGCUAAACAAUAAAAUAACAACUAAAACUUCUAAGUAAAUUUAGAAAAUAUUGCUUCUUUUAAAGACAGACGAGCAACAGUCAUGGUGAGAAAUAUCCCAAACAGAUAUAACUAAGAAGAUUUCCUAAGAAUCAUAGAUAUUAAUUACAAAGGUCUUUACGAUUUCGUAUACCUUCCCAUGGACUUCAAAAAUCAUUGCAACAUCGGCUAUGCUUUCAUCAAUUUUAUUGAUCCGAAACAUAUAAUUCCUUUCUACAAUGAAUUCAACGGUAAAAGGUGGGAGAUGAUAAGAAGUGAAAAGGUUUGCUAUAUUUGCUAUGCAAGGAUACAAGGAAGAAACGAGUUAAUUGCUCACUUUAAAAAAUCAGGAGUGAUGAGCGCUUUAGUUGACAAAUCAUUUAAACCUCUAAUCUUGCCAAAUCCUUAGUUAGAUCUCCAAAUUCUUUAACAAUGA